UUUACGGUAAGUCAGACGUGUAUCUAUGUAUGCGUCAAACAGGACGUUUCCUACAAAACAACUACAAGACUUGUUACUCUGAGACAAUUUACUAAUGAAUUCAAAAGAGGAUGUCAUCCGACUUAACGUUAGACCUCGGAAAUCAUCAACAUUACCCUGUGAUGGACAGUGAGACAGGCAUCAUCUCCAUCGACCAGGGAGGAGAGUGGGACAUUAGCCUUUUUGAUGAGCUGGACAACCUGGGAGAUGCAGACGAGCUGCUAGAGGCCCUGGAGAACGUUGGCUAUGCCAGUGAGGGUCCAGAUCUGGACUUUGAUAUUGACAUACCUCCGUGGAAUGAAGUGGACACAAGCAGCACCUGCACAGAUGGUGAGGUGAGUGUGGACUCUCUCUCACCUGCUCACACUCUGAGCUCUGUCCCCUCUCCUGCCUCUGUGGAAGCCCUGUCCCCAUACUCCUUACAAGAUGAGGCCCUGUCUCCACAGUUGCAGCCCUCUCCUGUUUCAGUCUGCUCAGAGUCUAGUGGUUUUUCUGAGAUCGUGCCCCCAGCUAAGAAAGCUCCAAAGAGGACCAGCCAGACCACACGAGCCAAACCAGCGCAGCCGAUCAAGAGGCCAAUUCAGUUCGGCCCAAAGGUUUCCAUCCAGCCCAAACCGUUGAUAACAGCUGUGCCCUUGGCUCACGCAGCUCCCCCCCUGCAGGCUAAGACAAUCAUCAUCCAGCCUCUGCAGACCACUGUGCUGCCUGUAGUAAAACAAGCUCCAAUCAACAUCCAGCCAGCGCCCCCUCCAGGUCGUCCCAUAGUGCUGUCUCAGCCAAACCAGGUGUUACAGAUCCAGACACCACAGGCUGUCACUGGCAAUGUGGUCACCAUGCCAACUCUGAGCCAAGACAGGCCUGUUCCUGUUGCUGCUCCACCAGUGGUCUCCGUCACACUUCGAAGCCCUUCCUCAGAUGAUGAUUCAAAGUUGUCCCAGAGGCAGCAACGCAUGAUAAAGAACCGCGAGUCAGCAUCCCUGUCUCGGAAAAAGAAGAAAGAAUAUCUGCUCUCGUUGGAAGCUCGCCUGAAAAUGGCGUUGUCUGAGAAUGAGGUGCUCAAGAGCGAGAACGGCAACCUCAAGAGACAGCUGGAAGGCCUGCUGAGUGAGAAUACAGUACUAAAGACAACGUCCCCCAAGAGAAGAGCUGUGUGUCUCAUGGUGGUCUUGGUGUUCCUGGUGCUUAAUGUUGGACCAAUGAGUCUGUUUCAGGGCGGCCCAGGCUCCAAGCUCGAGGUUGUGUCCAUGCAGCACAGCGGCAGACACCUGUUGAGUUUCUCCCCAGAGGCAGAAACUGAGGUCGCGAUGGGCCCCGAGGCCCUCGGCAGCGGCCCCUCUGAGAUGGCAGACAGCUCUGAGGAUAAGGCCCUGAUGGUGGUGAAGGAUCCUAUCUUUCUCAGACCACCUCCCCCAUGCCAGCCUCCUGUUAACAGGACCAAGUGCAUUGAGUUGGCCCAUGAGUUGAGGGGUUGGGUCCACCGUCAUGAAGUGCAACAGACCAAGUCGAGGCGCAUGAGUAACAGCAGUCACAAACCCACCAGGACCAUUCUGAAAACAGAGAAUAAGGAGGCGGAGAGUGCCCAGAUUGUGACGGUCCAAUACACAGAAACUACUGAAGAAAAGAAUCCUGGUAAUGAGCUGCAGGUAUACUACGCACCCCAUCACACCUAUAGUGACUUCUUUGAUGAGCUCAAUCGUCGUGGCGACACUUUCUACGUAGUGUCAUUCCGCAGGGAUCAUCUUCUCCUUCCUGCCACCAACCACAAUAAAGGAAGUCGUCCCAAGAUGUCUUUGGUGUUGCCAGCCAUGAACGUUAACGACAGCAUCAUAAGGGACAAAGAGGUCGAGGUGAUGAUGCAGAUCGACUGUGAAGUAACAGACACCAGGAUCCUCCACAUCAGGUCUUCAACUAUCCCCCCUUUAUUGCGGGUCAACCGCACAGACACUUUUUAUCAGCACUCCCCGACUGACAACCAGGCUGCCCCUCCCGUCGGUGUGCUGAUGGGAUCUGCUUAAGAUCACCAUCACCACAUAUAUUCUUUAUAACUCCUCAACAAAACCCAUCAAGACAAACAGAAGAAAAGAUGUCUGUUGACACUUUUUUUUGGAUGAUGAAGUAUAUUUCUCAAUCCGGCGUAUUCCAAAUGCCUUUAUGUUUGUGAUUACAUUGCAAUGAAUGUCCUCUGCUGAAAUCCAGUAGCUCACAUUGUCAGCACUAGUCAACCACAUUCUUUAUUAGGGCUGAUAUCCGGAGGUAGCCUGUAACAUGGUCCGAGCAGACGCUAGCUCCUUGUGUGGCAACACUGACUCCUCAGCGUAACCCCAGACACCCUACAUAAGGGUAAUUGCUUAACAGCAGGGGGCAGAGCAUUGAACCCUGAGUUACCCCGUCAUAACACAAAUACUUGUACCCCAUAGCAGCUCUCCUCAAGUCUGUUCUUUUGUUUUGCUCAUAAUUUCUGGACCAGCUGCAAAGCCAGAGCUUAGAAAAGAGAAAAUUGAUAAUACACCUAAGAUUUAUCUCACUAGGGACUUUGAUCACAGCCAGAAAAAUACAUUUGUGACAUCAAUGUUUAGAAGCACAACAAAUUAUGUGUUUGUAUCUAAGCUAGAAAAUGGAUUGCUGUAAUUGUCUCUCUUACUCAUUUGUAGUCUUUUUUGCCUCUCUUAGUUAAAGAAAUUUUAAGAGAAGCCAAAUUAACUACAUACAGCAAUAGAGGUACAAGGUAAACUCAGGAAGUCAGGUGACCUGUGAAAGCUAGCAGGCUAACCACUAUGUUGUUGGUGUGGUUUUCAUUAAUGUAAGGACUUUCAGGUGCUUGUUUUUCGCAAUGUAUUGAUCAAGAAUUUCAGUUAAUAAUUUUUGGGUAUUUGCACUGUGCUUCAAUUAUUCUGUCAAAUUUUUUUUUUCUUUAUCUGUCUGAUUAUGCUUUGUGGGAACUUUUUAUUUGAAACUGAUUACAGAAAACUCAAUGACAUUGUAUAUAGAAUUUUAAAUGGUGGUUGGGAAGGAAACAUACAGUAAAUGUUGGUACAGGGAGAUUUCUUUAGUAUCUGUAAGUCACUGGGUGAAGAUGCUGAGAUUUUAUCCCAGAUAAUGUAUCAAAUUUGAACCCCCUACUGUAUAAGUUGAGCUAAAAGAAGCUGAUGUUUGUUACACGUAACCACUGGUGAAAAAUGUCCGAGGACUUCUCCUUCCUCAGGCUAAAUUGCACUUUUGUUUGGUGCACUUAAGCCUAUAUUGAAGAACAAGUUUGUUUGUUUUUAAAAAAAAACACUGUGUGAUGGAAAUAUGAUAGUUUUUAGUACUAAUUUGUUGUAAACAUUUGUAUAAUAAAUGCAGAACCUGGGAAUUUCAGUUCUGGCUUUAAAUGC